CUCAGUUGGUUACUUGCUGUUGAAAAGAAAAGGUAGUCAAAUCAAAACCAUGAAAGGUAUUGGAGCACUUAUUUUGUUUGCUACGAUCGCGGUAGCCGUGAAGGCGUCUGAUAUUACCCUGACGUGCCCGGAAACGGACGAUAUUUUCAAUCCAGUGCAUAUCCCACACUUUACCGACUGCUCUAAGUUCUACAAAUGCUUUAACGGAGAAAUGUACGAAAUGGAUUGCCCUGCAGGAUUGCAGUGGAACAUCGAAAAAGAUUUCUGCGAUUAUCCCGAAGAUGCCAACUGUGAACGACCGCUAGAACUGGAUCCUUGAAUAAUUGAUUGAAUUCAACACUCGUUGUUCCAACAAAAACAUUUAUUUCCUCAACGAAUGGUUUAUUAAGCCAGGAGAUUAUAUUAAUGAAUAAAAACAUUUAAAUAACUAAAUAUUAGCUAUCGCAGUUA